AUGAAUAAAGAAGAUAUUCUUAAUAAAAACCGUAAGGAAAACUCGGAAGAUGUGGUAUCAGUUAAAAAAAGAGUAAAAAAUCCUGAUUUACGGAUGAUUAUGGUUGAAUCAGAUUCUCCGGCAAUUAGAGAAGGUUGUAUUGAUGUUAAGUCACUUGUGAAUUCAAGAAAGUUUGAAAUUCGAUCACUUUUUGAGGCAAUGAGAUGUUCACGUCAGUUAUCAGCACAAAGAGCUUUUCAAAGUUUGCCUAGGUUUUUAAGAAGAAGAUCAGCAUCUCAUGAUUUUAAAAGAGUUCCAAAAUAUUUACGUAUUAGAGCAAAAAAUGAAAUGAAGAAUAAAAACACAUUAAAAAAGAAGGGUAUUAAGGGGAAAAAAAGGAUGCGUCUUUUAACGGUUCAUAAAUUGAAAAAAUUUGGAGUUAGAAAUGUUUCAGUAUCUGAAGAGUCAAAAGAUGAAUUAGAUGAAAGUAAAGAUGAUUUUUUAAAGGUAAAAAAGGUGAAGGGAAAAUUUUAUAAAAGACAAAAAGAUAAAACAUGGCUUCCAACACAUUUAUGGCAUGUUAAACGUGCUAAAAUGUUGACAAAAUGGUCUUAUUCUAUAGCAAAAACGCCUACUGAAAAAUCAUAUCGUCCAACACAUAAGUUUGCUAAUACAAGUGGUGCUGUAGCAUUUGAUACAAGUUAUUUUUGUACAAUAUGUUUAUGGGGUGAAAUUGAGAAUUUAAAACGUGUUUUACAACAGUUUACAGCAAGUGAUUCUGGAGUUACCAGAGGAAGAUAUACAAGGGGCACUCGAUUCUGUCAAACUAUGAUAUAUCAAAAAGAUUCUAACUUUCUUUCCCUUAUUUGUCCUGCUAUUUUUUUAUGGCAAAAGAUCGGAGACUCUCAAUGUGUGAUGAUUAGGUUUCAUCCAGUAGCUUUUAAACAAGUAUAUAUUCAGAUGAAAGAAGCUUCAUAUUUGGAGAAUGUUAAGGUUGAAGAUUGCAGGUUUGAUAUUGGUGGUAUAGAUAUUCAUGGACCUGCGUCAACGUUGGCUUUGCAAUGUUUGUUUGAUGUUAAAAUGUCAGAUACAACAUCUCAAAUUUGGUCAGAAAUAAAAUAUGUAUCACAAAUUAAAUCACUUCCUAUAGGUAUAGUUAUUCCUCUUGAUAUUAGAGAUCCUCGAUUAACGUUUCCUCCUAGGAUUAUAAAUGAAGAUAAAGGUUUUUCUAGUGUAUUGAUUAAAUCUUGGAAAGAUGAUUUAAUACCUUCUUCUCGAUUAUUUGACACUGAAGCUCGCAUGAGAUGUCAAAGAAAUCAGCUUUCUCAACAACGUAUAAAUCACCUUCGUUCUGAAUCUUCUGAAUCUUCUGUGCCUUAUGAUAUACCUAUUUUGCUUUUUCGUUGUGAAAUUUGUUGGACAGUACUUGCACCAUGGAAUUGGAUAACGCAUCUUUGGCACUCUUUAAUGCAUAUUCCGAGGGUUCGUUUCGGUGGAAUGCAGGAAAAGCAUCAAUUAGAGUUUGAAGAAGGAAUUCCUUAUUUUCCAUCAGAUUAUCAUGGAACAUUAGCUGGUGAUGAAAAUGAAAAAAUUGAAGCUGAAUAUAGAGAAUUUGAAUGGAAGAAAAGGCCUCCUGCAAAAAGAAUAUCAUGGUCUUCUGUAGUUACAAAGGAUGGGAAAGGUGAACUUGGAAAUCCAUUCAUUUGUGAUUGGAGUUAUUUAUUUUUAAAUUUUUGCAAAAAUAAUUCUGAUAAUCCUGAAAAUGAACAUAAAUUGUUGCAUAUGGAUCUACAUUUAAUUUCUGGCGUUGAUGUAAAAUCUAAAUUUGAUACAAGUCUAUAUAAAUCUAUGAAAUUGGUUUUUAUUGUCAAGAUUACUAUGUUACGAAGGGGUUGUCCUGAUUCUUGUGCUAGAGUUUAUUCUAUUCCUGUUGAAGAAAAGGAAAUUUGGAAUCGUUUUUUGAAAGAAAUAGUACCGUAUGGUGAUGAAAAUUAUCCUCUCUGUCCAUCAUCUGAUAAUCUUCUUGGUUUUGUAACAUCUGGUAAUUUUAACUUAAAAAGAGGGAAAAUGACUGCUAUUGGGUGUUUUGCGUUACAUAAAAUAUCAAAAACCUUACUUGAUGAUAAAGAAAAAUACUGUAUAAUAAGAAACGUCGGUUCUAGUACUGUCAAUAUUGCUAAAUGGGAAUUUGUUGAUUAA